AUGUUUCAAAUGUUAUUUCACCUAAGCGUGACCUUAUUAGGGUCUGCGUUGGCAGAUAUUAUUGUUGAUAUUCCGGACGGUAAAAUCCGUGGUCAUGAAAUCAACACUUCAAACGUUAGCUUCUAUGCUUUUGAGGGAAUUCCAUUCGCCUCUCCACCGCUCGGAAAGUUAAGAUUUCAGGCUCCUGCUCCACCUGUACCACGGGAAGAUGUUUUAGAAGCAAAUCGAUCUGGUAAAUGUUGUAUAGCAGGAACUCGUGAUUCAUCGCAAAGUGAGGAUUGUUUAUACCUGAAUGUCUAUGCGCCUGCUCGAAAUGUAACGGGUUGUUCGUCUUUGGAAGAGUUCGCGCCUGGAGAUCUCGCAAAUGAAGACGUAACAGUAAUCACUUUUAACUACAGGUUAGGAGUCUACGGGUUUUUAUCUACUGGAGACGAUGUCAUUCUGGGCAACGCCGGCUUGAAAGACCAACUUUUCGCGCUUCAGUGGGUGCAAAAAAAUAUUGCUUACUUCGGAGGCGAUCCGGAUAAAGUUACGUUGUUUGGGCAAAGCGCAGGUGGAAUAUCUAUCGGCCACCACAUCGCGAAUAAAAAAUCUCAGGGUUUGUAUAGGGCGGCAAUUUGUCGGAGUGGUUGUUCGUUCUUGCCUUUGUAUCAAAGUGAUCCCAGAACUAAUGCCUACGGUUUAGCAAAACAUCUAGAUUGGACUAUAACAGAAGCAAACACCACCGUCGAAAUAAGAGAUUUUCUUCAAAAUCUGUCCGUGGACGUUUUAACUCCUGUUGGAGGAUUUACGCUUCUGACUGGCGUUGUAUUAGAGGCGGAAAAUGACGAUGCUUACGUGACGGAUGUUAAUUUUCCUCACAUAGAAUCGGGUAAUUUUGUUCAGGUGCCCCUGAUGAUCGGUACUGUUGCGGAGGAAUCUCUUGGGCAGACUGAGGUGCCUUUAGAUAUACUACUCGUUGCACUGCUCUACGAUUUUGACGUAAAAUAUUUGAUACCUGGAGAUUUGACACCAUUGCCGGGAACAAAUUUGACUGAGGUUGGAAAUAUAAUCAAGGAAGCGUACAUGGAGGCGAAUAUCAAAAAUCUCGCAGUAGCCGCAGAGGUAAAUGUUCAAAAUAGCGCGAAGAACAAUUGGGCUGGGAAAACAGGCCACAGCGACGAACUGCCUUAUCUUUUCAACAUAUCUGCGAUACCCCUGGUGACGGAUGCAGAUUUCUUGACGAGGAGAAGAAUAACUAGACUUUGGGCAAAUUUUGCGAAGACAUUAAACCCCACCCCUGAUGAAUCGGAUCCACUUUUAAACGUGACUUGGCCUUUAGUUUCACCAAGUAACAUACAGUACCUCGAUAUAGAUAGUUCCUUAGAGGUAAAACCCAACCUAAAGGCCGAACAGAUGGCUAUGUGGAAUAGCGUGUAUUACACCUACGGACAACAACCUUUUGUAGGAUUUUAA